GGUGCGGCAGAGAGCCCGGGGAGGGGAAUGGAUUUUUAUCCUGUCUCAGUAAGAGAAAUUUGACUUUUAACAUAUGCUCCAGUGGGACACGCAAUGCUUGUGUGGUACCGGAAAGGAUCUCUAGCCUUAGGGGCACUGGUUUUUGUGUGGAUAGUUACUGGAUUUGACAUGAAUGGAAGAUCCGUGUGGAUAAAAGACCCUAAUUUAAGUCCUGUGAAUGAAACUCAGAUGUUUCUGUAUGACACCUUCCCCCCAGAGUUCCUCUGGGGCGUAGGGACUAGUGCUUUCCAAGUGGAGGGCAGCCAGUGGAAGGAUGGAAAGGGACCCUCAAUAUGGGAGUACUUCAUCCAGUCACCUCUCCGAGCUGGUUCCAUGACAGAUGAUGACUCCAGCGACAGCUACACUUUCCUGGAAAAAGAUUUGUCAGCUCUGGAUUUUUUGGGAGUUUCUUCUUACCAGUUUUCAAUUUCAUGGCCAAGGCUCUUUCCCACAGGGGUGGUAACAGCUGUCAAUGAGAAAGGGCUCCAUUACUACAACAGACUCCUCAAUUCUCUCCUUCACAGACGGAUUGAGCCUGUAGUCACCCUUUACCACUGGGAUUUACCUUUGACGCUGCAAGAGGAAUAUGGAGGCUGGAAAAAUGAAUCCCUCGUUGAUAUAUUCAGUGACUUUGCUAUGUUUUGCUUCAAAGCCUUCGGGGAUCGAGUUAAAUACUGGAUUACAGUCCACAAUCCUUACCUAGUUGCUUGGCAAGGGUAUGGCACAGGUAUCCAUGCUCCAGGGGAGAGGCAGGAAGGAGCAGCUGUCUACACUGUAGGACAUAACCUGAUCAAGACAGAUCAGUGCCCGACCCAGAGCGGUGAACAAGGCACAGUGCCAAAAGCCCCGCCCAAUGAGAUGCCUGGGGCAGAAGUGACUCAUUUCACGUGUCAACUUUAUCAAGAGCAAAGAUACCUUUAACUCAGUCUUGACAGUUCCCAGUCUUCAAAAGAGCCCAUCCCCUACUGACGACCACAUUCCA